UUAAAAGUGACAUUUAAAAUUCGGAUCAUUUUAUUGAUUUUUUUAUAACAAACCAUGGGGUUUACUAAUAUUCUAAAUUAUGUAGUUUAUGACAACCCGAUUUCUAAACAAGCUGCAGCAUUAUUCUCUGGCAGUAAAAGUAUUUCUUCGAGCACCCCUUCAGUUACUAUUAUCACCGAGAAAACACCCUUGUGGAAAUUAGCCGCAGAACAUGGGCCGUUUAUCAAAAUAGCAGGAGUGAUGGGAGCUACUGCAGUAGCUCUAGGAGCUUAUGGUGCGCACAAAACUUAUCCGAAAGACAAAGCUGAUGAGCUGAAACCUAUAUUUGAUACAGCCAACAGAUUACAUUUCUUUCAUUCCUUGGCGCUCUUGGGAGUACCUAUGUGCAAAAAUCCGAAAUUAGCUGGAACACUGUUUAUUUCUGGCACAAUUUUGUUCUCGGGUACCCUUUACUACAAUGCUUUCACUGGUGACCGUAAAUUGUCGAGAUUAGCACCAAUCGGUGGCACUAUACUCAUAAUCGGAUGGUUAUCGAUGGUAAUUAACAUGAAUAUCUCCAAUGUGUGUGUAUGGUUGUUCAAUCUUGACCUAGUGUAAUUUGUUUUACAAACAAAUCAAAUAAAGUAUAAUAGAUAUUACCUGCAA